AUAUAUUCCCCGGAUUGCGUAGUGAUUCCAGAAUGAUCGGGGCUGCGCGUAACUUAUCCUCGGCGGCUAAGGUUAGAAUACGACGGUACCUCUACCCCGUACCACUGCUCAUCCACAUGGACAGGUUCGCUACUCUUGAACCUGUAAAACUUUAUAAUUCAUCUUCUACGUUUAAAGCCUCUUCACGAAACUCCCGCCUUCCUUCUGCCAAAGCCCCGGCGCCGUUCCAGAUCAUUGGUCGCCUGCCAGUCGACAUUCACAUCCUUAUACUCACUUACUUGUCUGUACCUGACCUUUCCGCGUACUCGAGAGCUUCAAAAGCUUUUGCGAAUCUUGCCAAAGAUGAACGCGUCUGGGAAGUACGGUGGAAUCACUUUACUUCCCAUAGCCCCAACCUCCCAACCGUGCUUGAUGACCUCGAGAAUCGUUCCAAAGCUCAGAAUGGUCUCCUCAAGGAGAAUGCACCUCCUACCCUCGCAGUGGAUGCGGAAGAUGACUUCGGUGAAUUCACGUCGGUGAAUGCACCGAAAGAUGAGAUGGGGGACUUCGUGGGCGCGUUCCCUCCUCACGCAGUGCACUCCCCUUUGCCAGACGCAUCAUUUCCCCCAAAGCCUAACUACCGCUCUCAAUAUGUACGAGCACACACUUUGCUUAAACCACUCCUGUCUGCGUUGUCCGGCGCGCCACAUGCUGUAUUGUCUACACUGUUCCCUUCGCCUUCACCUUCCCUCAGUCAUCAAGCACAUACUCUCCGCGUUCUAUCUUCUUUCCUUUCUUUUCGCGUGAAACCCGUCCGAGAAUGGCAGAAUUUGUCUUCCGCUUUACGUGCUGCCAAGGACCGUUUUGACGACGGUCUAAUGACUGCGUUUGACACAAGCGAUAGUAAGAAUGACGAAGCCAAUAUGAAGGAGACUUCUCAGGCAAGUUGGGAUAUUUGGGAUGGACCUCCUGACAGGUGGGAACUUGCUCGAGCAUGGGCAGACAAGCGUGAAAUAUUUUACGACCAGAGCAAAUGGGAUCCAUUAGAGAACUUCACAGAGGAUGGACAACUAGAUUUCGACGCUAUGGAUGCCUUCAUGGGACAUGUAUUGAGGGCUCUUGAGGAGCAUGGCACUCGUGCCGUUAACGUCUUCCCACCAGAAGCUGGUGUUCUGCUCGCAUUCGCUGAGCGCCUGGCACAUGAAGUGAUAGCGGAAUAUAUCGCGUCGCUUCUCGAUCGCGCGAGGGAAAUUUCGAAUGAAAUGUUCCUGAAGGCAGCUGCCGGAAGUUUCAAGGAAGCCUGGCGCUUGGUCGACGCUACCUUCAAGGUUGCUAGCACGCGCAGUGAUGCGGCCAUAACACAAACCCAAGCGGAAGACGUCGUUUAUAGGAUGUUCGAAUCAAAUAUGGACGAAUAUCUUGACGAGGAAGUUGAAUUCAUCAACCAAAGCUUCGAUGCUAUUUGCCGCACGUGGGAAAAGCAGCUAAGUGAACGAGCAACAAUACCCGCACCAACAGCCGAUCAUGCACGGUUUCUUAGCUCCCACAAUCCUGCACAGGUAAAACGAACCGUACUAGCAUCUUUCACCGACGUUUUACUACUACCCGUCACCAUUGUCCCGCGAACCGUCGGCCACGUAGGCAAGGCCGUCAACGCCGCGUUUACUACGGGAAGUUCGGCUGCGGUACAGGGUAUAUCCAUGCUGAACCCACAACGCUGGGGUGCACCUAGCGCUCGAGACGGGUAUAUACAAGACUUUGAGAAGGGAAAUGCGGGAAUGCUAUUCGAAAUCGGUGGAGAUGAAGAUGACGAGGAGGAUAUCCAAGAAAAGGGAGGUACAUCAUCGAGGCCUACGUCAAUGUCUAUGCACUCAACAUCAAACUCCAUAUCCUCAACGCUGGGUGACUCGUCAAGUCAACGGUCCACACGUCAAUCAUCUACAACUUCGACUGGAGUAACGACACCGGCGCCAUCCGCUUCAGCAUCCACCGCCUCGUUCGAUAAAAUGGAACUCUUGCUUUCUCUGGAUAUAGCUCUUGAACUCAUUCAUGCAGACCGUGAAGCUUUGAAACGUGUCGAAACGUUCAUUGGAUAUCCUGGACAUUAUGGACAUCGUGUUCGAGACACAAUUGAGGAAAUCUUUGUGUUGCUUUUGCAAGCACUUGGAGAACGACACAUUCGACCGGGUUUCGAACGGGCGACCGACCAGAUGCGUGCUUAUCAUCCCGAAGAGCAUGAGGAGUCUCAAAGCGUUGCGCCACUUUUGCAGUUCUUCGAACUCGCUCAUGUGGGCGAUACAAUGCAAUCGAUGAUCCAGGUGUAUUUUGACAAGGAAUUGGCGUCACAUAUAGAUCGUACCGACUUCCUCAAUACAGUUGUUCGAGAGAAGAAGCGCUUCGAAGAUAUCCUCGACGAUUGUGUUGCUGCUGGCAUGAACGCUGGUACCGACGCACUUAUGAACCAGGUGGAACACGUCAUCCUGAGGCUAACAAAGCCGCGUGAAUACUAUCCCGCAGAAGAUGCAGCUAUGGAUUUGGGACCUACUCAAGGCUGUCAAGAGGCGAUUAAGUGUCUCGGGAUGCAUUGCCAAUUGCUGAAGGGCAGCACCAGCAAGGAAGUACUCGAAGUGUUCUAUCAAGAAAUUGGCAUCCGACUCAUAGCCAUCCUGCAAAAGCACAUCAAGAGGCAAAUCAUCUCUCUGAAUGGCGGCUUCCAAAUCAUUGCGGACUUGAAUGCGUACUAUACAUUCAUCGCAUCUUUAAAGGUAAGACCCCUCUCACAAUGCCAUGCAGUGUACAUGUUCAAGCCUUUCCAGGUGCCUACAAUUGCGGCUGAGUUCUCCUACCUGAAGAUGUUGGGACACGUAUAUGUCGUCGAAGACGCCAAAGACCUCGCUCAGAUUGUUCGUGAUGUGACCCGCUAUGGAGGAGCAUAUCGACCCGAAGACGUGUACGAGUUCAUUCAGAGACGAUCGGACUGGAAGAAGAUUGAGAAGACCGUGGAUAAGACCAUGUACAAUCUCAGCUUCAAGGAAGAUUGCAUUAUCAGCUGAACCUGUCGUCGACUGAACAUCCUAUCCUUGCGUGAUCGUCACCAUGUCCGUAAAAUUCGGAUGUUCCAUUAACUAACCCCUAACCCUAUUCUCAGUCUACUUAUCAUCAUUGCUCAUAAACUGCGGCCGCGCAGUGUCCUUGGGUGGCCCAUCGAUCUUUCUUUCGUACUUCCACUACAACCAUUCUCAUACCCUUUACUCACUCUUACUAUGCCCACCGAGUUCUCUUUGCGCUUACAGCACGGCAUUACUGGAGGCUUUGCCCCACCCACUCCGAGAGCCAUUCUCACCGUUACAAGAGAUGCAACUAUCAACACUCUCCAAAUCACAUCGGCCGUGCGCCCUGACGGAACUCCUAAGUUACAGGAUGCCGUUCCCAAGAAGCUCACCGUUGAUGACUCCACCGAAGCCCUGGUUGAUGAGCUGCACUCGAUCUUGAAGUCAAUCCCUACCGAGUUCCCUCCUGGCAGCGAAGACAUCUACGGGCUGGAUACAAGCAUCGCGUUUGGAAGUCCCGAUCUCGAGUGGAUGAAUGGUGGACCUCAGGGUUGUGGUGGAGGAGAGAGCCAGGUCCAGGCUAGUGAAGAGGAUAAGACGAAGUUCAAGAGGGCGGUUGAGAUCGUUACCCAGCUCGUUGAGAAAGGACAGUGAAAGAACACUACACAACUUCAUGUCUGGACUAUGUAGAACAGGACACUCAUCGGGCGGAAUGUAUCAUUCACUAAUCCAUGAUAAGCACAAAGGGCUAGCAUUACUUGUUUUAUUACGUUUCAUCAUGAUAUCCUUUCAUGGUUUGCCUAGACAAUGUAUGGCCAGCAUCCUACUGGUCUUGCAGGUGAUAGAGUCAUAGAAAGCGCAUAAGUUGACGAUAUCAUCAUUCUCGGCACUAGCGCCUCUGACCUAGCCAAGUUUGGAAGUCGUAAAGUUGAACUUGAAAGUUGGUAGGUGUUUGUGGACAAAUGGACUGGUUUCCAACAGAAGGAAAUAUUUGACGAGCCAUGCAUGAUCAAGGAAAUACGCAAGUUAUUAUGACCAUAUGGAGGGGACCGGGGAAAUUUGCAGCUGAUUACUUACUUAGAGUCGAGGUGUUAGGU